AUGGGGAAUCUCCAGGAGACUGUGAAAAGAAAGUUGGAAGGAGCCCGAUCACCACUUAAUGGAGACCAGCAGAAUGGUGCUUGCGAUGGGAGUUUUUCUCCAACUAGCAAGCGAAUACGAAAGGACAUUCCCGCAGGGAUGGAAGCCAUCAACAAUUUGCCCAACACCAUGCCACUGCCUUCAGCUUCUCCUCUUCACCAACUUGACCUGAAGCCUUCUUUACCCUUGCAGAAUAGCGGAACUCACACGCCCGGGCUUCUAGAAGAUCUAAGUAAGAAUGGGAGGCUCCCAGAACUUAAACUCCCUGUGAAUGGUUGCAGUGACCUGGAGGAUAGCUUCACCAUCUUGCAGAGCAAAGACCUCAAACAAGAACCUCUCGAUGACCCUACUUGCAUAGACACAUCAGAAACAUCUCUUUCCAAUCAGAACAAGCUGUUCUCAGACAUUAACCUGAACGAUCAGGAGUGGCAAGAAUUAAUCGAUGAGUUGGCCAACACGGUUCCUGAAGACGACAUACAGGACUUGUUCAAUGAGGACUUUGAAGAGAAGAAGGAGCCCGAAUUCUCACAGCCAGCGACCGAGACCCCUCUGUCCCAGGAGAGUGUGAGCGUGAAGAGCGACCCCUCUCAUUCUCCUUUUACACACAUCUCCAUGGGCUCUCCCCAGACAAGGCCAUCUUCAUCUGGUCCUCCCUUUUCUACUGUCUCCACGGCCACUAGUUUACCCUCUGUCGCCAGCACUCCCGCAGCCCCGAACCCCGCCAGCUCCCCAGCAAACUGUGCUGUCCAGUCCCCGCAAACUCCAAACCAAGCCCACACCCCAGGCCAAGCGCCACCUCGGCCAGGAAAUGGUUAUCUCCUCAAUGCAGCAGCCGUGACGGUGGCCGGGUCCGGGUCGGGCCCUGUGGCUGUGCCCAGCUCCGACAUGUCUCCAGCGGAGCAGCUCAAACAGAUGGCUGCGCAGCAGCAACAAAGGGCCAAACUCCUGCAGCAGAAGCAGCAGCAGCAGCAGCAGCAGCAGCAGCAGCAGCAACACCCAAAUCAGACUUCCAGUUGGUCUCCAUUGGGGCCUCCAUCCAGCCCGUAUGGCGCAGCUUUCACUGCAGAAAAACCAAAUAGCCCCAUGAUGUACCCCCAAGCCUUUAACAACCAAAACCCUGUAGUGCCACCGAUGGCAAACAACCUGCAGAAGACAAUGAAUAACUACCUCCCUCAGAAUCACAUGAACAUGAUCAGUCAGCAGCCAAAUAACCUGGGUACGGACUCCUUAAACAAGCAGCACAGUAUUCUCACUUACGGCAACACGAAGCCCCUGACCCACUUCAACGCGGACUUGAGUCAGCGAAUGACCCCGCCCAUGGCCAACCCCAGCAAAAACCCCUUGAUGCCCUACAUCCAGCAGCCGCCGCAGCCACAGCAGCCGCAGACGCAGCCGCCCCCGCAGCUGCAGGCUCCCAGGGCGCACCUGAGCGAGGACCAGAAACGCAUGCUCCUCAUGAAGCAGAAAGGAGUGAUGAGCCAGCCCCUGGCGUAUGCAGCACUGCCACCCCACGGCCAGGAGCAGCACCCGGUUGGGCUUCCCCGGACCACUGGCCCCAUGCAGUCCUCUGUGCCCCCAGGCCCAGGCAGCAUGGUCUCAGGCACCAGUCCCGCGGGUCCCGGCUUCCUGGGCAGCCAGCCCCAGGCGGCCAUCAUGAAGCAGAUGCUCAUUGAUCAGCGGGCCCAGCUGAUGGAGCAGCAGAAGCAACAGUUCCUGCGGGAGCAGAGGCAGCAGCAGCAACAGCAGCAGCAACAGCAGCAGCAGCAGCAGCAACAGCAGAUUCUGGCCGAACAGCAGUUGCAGCAAUCACAUUUACCCCGGCAGCACCUUCAGCCACAGCGGAAUCCCUACCCAGUGCAGCAGGUCAAUCAGUUUCAAGGUUCUCCGCAGGAUAUAGCAGCUGCGAGAAACCAAGCAGCCCUUCAGAGCAUGCGAACAUCACGGUUGAUGGCACAGAAUACAGGCAUGAUGGGAAUGGGACCUUCCCAGAACCCAGGGACAAUGGCCACAGCCACUGCCCAGUCAGAGAUGGGACUGGCCCCUUAUAACACCACGCCUACCAGCCAACCAGGAAUGUACAGCAUGAGCACAGGAAUGACCCAAAUGUUGCAGCACCCAAACCAAAGUGGCAUGAGCAUCACACACAACCAAGCCCAGGGGCCGAGGCAACCUGCCUCCGGGCAAGGGGUCGGGAUGGUGAGUGGGUUUGGUCAGAGCAUGCUGGUGAACUCAACCAUGACUCAGCAGCACCAGCAGAUGAAAGGGCCGGUAGGCCAGGCCUUGCCGAGGCCCCAAGGCCCUCCAAGGCUGCAGAGCAUUAUGGGAACGGUCCAGCAGGGAGCCCAGAGCUGGCAACAGAGGAGCUUACAGGGCAUGCCUGGGAGGACUAGUGGGGAAUUAGGUUCAUUCAACAACGGCGCCAGCUACCCACUUCAAGCCGGCCAGCCGAGGCUGAGCAAACAACACUUCCCACAGGGACUGAGCCAGGUCGUGGACGCUAACACUGGCGCGGUGAGAACCCUCAACCCGGCUGCCAUGGGUCGGCAGAUGAUGCCACCACUCCCGGGGCAGCAAGGGACCAGCCAAGCCAGGCCAAUGGUCAUGUCUGGCCUAAGCCAGGGCGUCCCGGGCAUGCCAGCCUUCAGCCAACCCCCAGCACAGCAGCAGAUGCCCAGUGGCAGCUUUGCUCCAAGCAGCCAGGGCCAAGCCUAUGAGCGGAACCCCCCUCAGGACAUGUCAUACAAUUACAGUGGUGAAGCAGCUGGCGCCUCGUUCCCUGGCCUCUCGGACAGUGCCGACCUCGUGGACUCCAUCAUCAAAGGUGGGCCAGGGGAUGAAUGGAUGCAGGAGCUUGAUGAAUUGUUUGGAAACCCCUAGUCAAGAGGGGCCCCCAGGAGCCACAACUCUAGUGGUUAAAGCAUAAAACGUGAAAAAGAAACAGGAUGUGGACCCAUCCUUGUUUUAUGUUUUUUUGACCCACGUAAACUGAGCAAAACUGCAGCUGGCUGACAGUGGAAGAUCCAGGUGCCUAUCCACAGCCCCGCUGGGCCUCCUUUCACCUGGUUUUCACACAGCAGUCAAGAGGAGACGCCCUGCAGAUUCCUGCUGUGAGAGAGGGAGACACACCAGAGGCAGGUGGGGAAGACGAAUCAGUCCCCCUGCUCAGCCCUCUCUCUGAGCACCUGGCCCAGCGAAAGCUGCUCCAACCCAGACAGACUGCUGCCCAAGGUGAGGCAUCUGCCCGCCCCUCCUGGCCCAGGCGCCGAGACUGCGGCGUUGGAGACACAAGAGACAGAGCCUCGGGCCACAGAGAGCCCCACAGAGACUGCUGGGUGCCCAGGCUAAGAGCACAGAUCAGAAAUGCCCUGAGCGCUGGCUGGAAAAGAGAUGUCAGGCUUCAAGACCUGCUACUGUGUAGGGAGGGCAGGCACGAAGUGAGAUGCUGCAGGGAGACUACCAAGGAUCCUACCAGCCUGUCUCCUGCCCCAUGGGGACCCUCACAAAUGUUAGAGGCUUGCUGUGGGCUGCCUCGCAAGGAUAGCCAAGUGAGCUGGGAGGAGGGCCCGUCCUGGAGUCUUGGGGCAGCGCCCUCUGCUGGCGACCGCGAUACCCAUCACUCUCGGUAGUUCGGCGGGGAGCCUCCUGGGAGCCCAGUACAAUGGUGACGCUUCCGGCAGUUCCAUCUUCUUCCCGCGCCACCAAGUGAGGAGAGCUCAGGGGGUGCUGUGUGCCUGCCAGCGUGGCUGCCUUUCUCCCCAACCCCUGCCCUGUCCCUCCUUGCGUCCACCCCAGCACCCUUGCUUCUCCUCGCAGGCGGUCCAAAAAGAAAUGAAGCUUUGUCUUUAGGGAGCCUGGCAGAGUCAAAAUAAGUGCGAGAAGAAGUUAGACAAUGCCCGACAUGCAGGGGCGACACUGGAGUUCCCCUCUCCCGUGUGUAGAGCUGAAUGAAUAGCCCCUGCCUGGAACUGAGUAGGCUGCUCUGAUGCUCUGCAUCUGAUACUUCUGGUAUUCCCAGGGAGGACUGGCCUGGAGGUUGCCCGCCUGGGCGCCCUUUGGGAAAAUCCCAGGGAUGAUGCUGUAAAUGCGGCCUUGCCCUUAAUCCCUACUCACCAGAAAGACAAAUCUAAACCCCUGAGAGAUGAGGCACUGAAAAAUCAAUUGCUCCACCUUACACAUUUUUUGAUGGUAAAAGGAGGAAGAUAUGGUUCCUUUCAUAAGGGUAAAAUAAUCCAUUUCAAAAGUCCUGUACAGUUCUCUUUGUAAUUCACUGAAAUCUGCUCUGACUGAAGUCUGUCGGAAAGGAACAACAACCUCCACUGUCAUAAGGCUCGUCUCUUAAAUACAAGAACUUACCUGUCCUGUUUUGGAGGCCAUGUGGCAUAGCUGUUGUCCUGAGUGAGAAUGGCAUGUGCCCCCUCCCUCCAUGUCCGAAAGGCUGGCCCCUUUCUGUGCAGUCACGUGCAGCGGGCCAUACCAGAGCCGAGGCCGGGUACCAUGGAGAACCAGACCAGCUGCACUCUGGGGGAAGUCCUGAAAAGGGGGUCCAAACAGAAAGCUGGGGGCAGAGGAUGUAGAGAGGCAGCAUGCAGGCAAACACUUGACUUGUUCUCCAGGUCUUAAGGUUAUGGAUCUACUCAGCAAGGAGCAGUGGAGACAGAGGUGGCCAGGUAGAUGAGAGCCCACACAGGGGCCGUGCUUUCUCUGGGAAGAGGUGAUGGCAGGGAAACUCUUGAGUGAAAACAGAUGAAAACCAAAAAAAUAAAAAAUAAACAAACGAGAAGACACGGAAUACAUAAUUACCUUUUUCUGAAAGGUACAGGAAAUAAAUAUAUAAGCAAUGAUGAGAAGCUAGAGGUGGCUGAUGGAGGAGGGGCUCCAUUAUCUUUCAAAAGCUUCCUCCAAAUGCUCAGCCCUGGGACCAACUAAAUAGAAAGGUAGAUUUUAAUAAGGUGGUUUUGUUUUGUUCUCGUUUUUACUACGGUGCUGAUGUAUGUAAUGUCUAAAAAAGUUAUUUGUAAAUAAGUUUUUACAAUACUGCAGAUAUCACUGGGUCUACUAUCUGUAAAAAAUAUACAUAUAAAUAUAUAUAUACUGUUUGUUUAAAAUAGAGUAUUUUUAUUUCAUUCCUUAACUCAUCGUCACAGCAGUGGUAUUGCACUUCAGAUGACAUCUAAUUACUAAUUUGUACUGUAUGACCUAUGGCAACUUGCUCCAUUUUAUUCAGAUUUUUCUAGUUUUCUGUUUUUACUUUGUACAUUGAGCAUUGCUUAUUUCCUUUUAAGAAAUGUACAGAGCUCUGAAAUGUAGAAAUGAAGUGAUGUUGACAUACCACUUUUAAAGAAAAAAAAAACAAAUAAAAAGUUAUCUGAA